AUCCAUCCACUCGUUGACUCUGUUUUGUUUAUUUUAUCGAUUGUUUGUUUUGUUGUCAGCUUCUUGUCGAUUGAUGUUCGUACACAAAAUGAUUUCAAAGACAGACUUCAGACCAAACAUAAGAGUUACAGUCCAAACUAAUCAACAGUACAAUCUCAACAGUCGUCGCUGUUUAAACUGCGUGAUGAAACGGAAGUAAAGCUGAAACCUAGACCGUUACGACAGCGGAAGUGGCUCCGCUCUUAACUUUACCAGUGUUUGUAACGUGAUGAUGCUCCGUUCGAUACUCGGUUCUUUCAGACGGUCACGACAAUGUUUUGUCAUGUGCUCUUCUCCUUCCGUGGGACUGUGUUCCUAAACAACACCGCUGCGGUGUUUUACUUUAGCCUCGUUAGCUCCCGCUGAAUGAACGUAAACAUCUGUCCACUGUUUCAGUUCCGUCCGGUCAACGUGUCAUUGUUGACAACAAAUAACAUACAGUCUGAGAGCGGAGCAGGAAGUGUCUCCGAUGUCUUCACUGAGGUGAAAGUUAACAGUCUGCAGGUAACCAGCAGGGGGCGUGUGAGAGUCAGCUGAAACCUGUGUUAAACUAUGAGAUGUGUUGUAUGAGCCCUCUGCUGUGGCCGCAUGGCAGAACUGAACUGAUAUUAAUGCUGUUUACAACAGCUCCACCUAGUGGAUAUAACCUUGGGCGUGUGUGUGUGAGAGAGAGAGGGAGAGAGAGAGAGAGACAGUAGGAGGAGAUCAGAGGAGAAGGAGUCUUUGUCUCUGAGUCACUGUGUCUCUGCAGCUCUGACUGUUCUGACUGUGUCUCAGGAUGGAGGACCAUCAACAUGGACUGGUACCGAUUCUUCUCUUUCUGUUCCAGAUCAACUGUUUUCACUCAGUUUACAUCAGUGAUGAUGCAGGUUCUCUUCAUCAGCUCCUCACAGACUUUGACAUUGUUCAACCAAUCAGAACAGACUCUGAGGGACGUGUCCUCCCCAUGAUGCACCUCUCUCACCUGCAGCAUCGCAGGAAAUGGGGCACACCCAUUAACAACGUCAGACAAAAACGCCAGACACAACACAUGCCACCAUCCAAUCAGAGAAGUGGAACCUGGAGGGGGCAAAUAGAAGGCCAGAUGCAGCUUUACUACAACAUCACAGUGUUUGGUCAGAAGCUCCGCCUACAGCUGCGUCCAAACUCUCGUCUGGUGGCUCCGACUGCUAGCAUGGAAUGGGAGGAGUCAGGACAACUGCACUCUGAACCAAUCAGAGGCAGUGACUGUUUAUACAUCGGAGAUGUGGCCAACAUGGAGGAGACGAGUGUGGCAGUCAGCACCUGUGAUGGACUGGCUGGAAUUAUUCAAACACCUGAUGAUGAGUUUUUCAUCCAACCGUUAAGAAGACGGAGGACGGAGGGAGGAGGAGACGAGGAGGGAGACGACCAAGAAACAGCAGGGCGCCCUCAUGUGGUGUAUCGUGCCUCUGCUGUAAGGACAAAAACAGCCGGCAAUCAAACAGUGAAUGACUUCCUCUCAGCUCCUCUGUCCGAGUCUCUGAACCAGGAGAAUCUGAGACGGAACUCAGGACGCAGGCGCAGAUACAUCCAGGAGGCGGAGCUCUUCAACAUUGAGGUUCUGUUGGCGGUGGAUUAUUCAGUUCUCUUGUUUCACGGCCGAGAACACAUUCAGAAAUUUCUCCUCACCUUCAUGAACAUCGUCAAUGAGAUCUACCAGGAUCAUUCCCUGGGUGCCAACAUCAACACGGUUUUGGUUCGGAUCAUCAUGCUGUCAGCAUCAAAGUCCCUGGAGCUGAUCUCAGCUGGAGAUCCUCAGAAGAGUCUAGAGAAGGUCUGUGGUUGGUCGUACCUCCAGCAGAGGGAGCAGAGUCACGCCGAGCAGCACGACCACACCAUCUACCUGACCAGGCAGGAGUUCGGACCAUCCGGCAUGCAAGGAUAUGCUCCGGUCACUGGCAUGUGUCAACUUCACCGCAGCUGUGUCCUGGUCCUGGAGGACGGAUUUUCUUCAGCUUUUGUAGCAGCACAUGAGACAGGACACGUGUUGGGGAUGCAGCACGAUGGUGAAGCCAACAGCUGUGAAGACGAUGUGUCUCUAGGAAGCAUUAUGUCUCCUCGGGUCCAGGCCACAUUCCAUCGGUACCACUGGUCCAGAUGCAGCUGGAGGGAACUGCACCAGUACCUGGAUUCUUACGACUGUCUCCGUGACGACCCCUUCCACCAUGACUGGCCUCCUCAGCCUCCUCUGCCUGGGUUCCAGUACUCCAUGGACCAACAGUGUGUGUUUGACUUUGGACCAGGAUACAGUCUGUGCACAGCAUACCCAAACCUGGACCCCUGUAAGCAGCUGUGGUGCAGUGACUACAACAACCCGUUUUACUGUAAAACUAAGAAAGGUCCUCCACUCGAUGGAACCAAGUGUGGACCAGGGAAGCACUGUUACAGGGGAUUCUGCCUGAGGUUGACACCCAACCUCCUGAAACAAGAUGGCGGCUGGGGAACCUGGAGUUCUUACGGCAGCUGCUCCAGGACCUGUGGGGGUGGAGUCAGGUUUCGGAUUCGCCGUUGUGACAAUCCAUCUCCAGCCAACGGAGGGCGCACGUGCAUCGGAAACAGCUUCGAGUUUGAGCUGUGCAGCCAGGACGAGUGUCCAGCACUGACGGACUUCAGGGAGGAACAGUGUAAAGUCUGGAACCCAUUCUUUGAACACGAAGGAACGAAACAUCACUGGCUGCCGUUUGAACAUCCAGACUUGGAUCUUCGCUGCCGUCUUCACUGCCAGUCAAAGGAAACAGGGGCAGUGGUUUCCAUGAACAGAAUGGUGCAUGAUGGGACAGCGUGUUCCUAUGGGGACACCCACAGCGUGUGUGUGAGAGGAGAGUGUGAGCAUGUGGGUUGUGAUGGUCAGAUUGCCUCGGACCAUCAGGAGGAUCGCUGUGGGGUCUGUGGAGGAGACAACGCCACCUGCAGGAUUAUCAAAGGAAACUUCACCCGUAGCACAAAGAAGUCAGGGUACCUGAAGAUCCUUGAGAUCCCUAAAGGAGCACGCCACCUGCUGGUGCAGGAGUUUAAGGGAACUCCUCACAUCCUUGCAGUGAAGAACCUGGAGACAGGUCACCUCUUUCUAAACGAUGACCAUGAAAUUCCACAAUCCCGUGUGGUGAUUGAGAAGGGUGUGGCCUGGGAUUACAUCAACAGAGAUGAGCAGGAAUUCCUGCAGACCUCAGGGCCGCUAAAGUAUCGCGUCCUGCUCAUGGUUCGUUCCCAUGGGGACACCAAAGUGACGGUCUCAUACAAGUAUGUCAUUCAGGAAAGACUGCGCUCAUCAUUGGAGUCCAACCUACUGCAGGAGGACUCUGUCUUCUAUGAGUGGGCUUUGAAGAGGUGGUCCCAGUGUUCCAAACCCUGCGGCGGAGGGAAACAGUACACCAGAUUUGGCUGCAGGAGGAAAGCUGAUGGGAAAAUGGUUCCUAGGACACUCUGUUCCAAUGUGAAAAAACCUCGGGCUAUUAGCCGCAGCUGCAACACUGACACCUGCAGCACACCACGCUGGGUGACAGGAACAUGGGAGGACUGCAGCGCCUCAUGUGGUCAGAGUGGGUGGCAGCGUCGAUGGGUGAGCUGCCAGGAGGACUCCAUCAGGGCUCAUUUGCAUAAGCAACAGGGAUCCAGCAGGGGGCAGCAGCAUUCAGCAAACAGCAAACUCUGUCAGGACCAACGCCCAGAAGGAAAACGUGUGUGCAACCGUUUUAUGUGUCCUGCCACCUGGAGAAUCGGGCCUUGGACUCCGUGUUCAGUGUCAUGUGGAAAUGGAACUCAGGAGCGUCAGGUUGCGUGUUCCAGUCCAAACACCUCAACAGGAAACUGCACUGAGGCUCAACCAAUCACAACACGCAGCUGCCAAGCUCCUCCCUGUAACGGUGACCAGAAAAACUCCAACAUCCAGUGGUUGUCUAGGUCCAACCCAGCCUUGCCUGCCCCAAAGAUCUCUUCCAAGCAGCGGUGCCGUGGAGACAGGUCCAUGUUUUGUCGGAUGGAGGCAUUACAUCAGUACUGCUCCAAUCCAGGUUACCGACAGAUGUGCUGCCAAUCCUGCAGCAGAGAAAUCCUGAACAGCACGAGGCCAGCUCCGACCACCAACAGCAGGUUAGCACCAGCUCCGACCACCAACAGCAGCUUUUGGAUUACGGACACAGAGACGAUCACCUCUGCAACUACACACAGCUGGUCUGACGGCAGCCCAGUCAUCAGUGACAUCACCAGUGUCACGCCCAGCUUUACUGAAACUCCAACCCCAACGAGCAAAAGUAGCUCUGACUUUGUGUAUGUGGAGUACGAGGAUUACGACGAGUACUCGUCUUUUGAGGAGCCUGUGGUUCAGACUGAGACUCUGGAGCUUAGAUCAACAGCACCUCCUUCUCCUGAACCUUCAUCUUUGUCUCCAGAAAAUGUCACCUCUCCUGAGCCUUAUUCUUUUGCUCCAGUACAGACACCUCAUCUAGAACCAUCAAUCCCUACUCCAAACUCUGCUGGUGCUGAUCCGACUCACAUCCCCUCAGCAUCAGCUGGUCCUGAAAAUCUCGUCAAUUCAACUCUAUUGGGGGGGCAGAGGUGGCAGAUAAAGGUGUAUCCUACAGACCCAUCGAUAUCUUCAUCCUCCUUCAUUCCUCAGACCAAGACAGAAAACAACUCAGUGGACGAGGUGUUGUACCAGAUUGUGGAAGAAGACAGGGACAAUACCAGAAGGCAUCAGAACUACUUUGUUCCCCGGAUGCCACCCUUCAGAGAGCGGACACAAAACAAACGUAUUCAGCAACUUUUAAAUGAGAAACGAAGGCAGAACCUUCUGAAGAGAGUCAAUCAUAACAAAGAAAAAUAAUUGUCAAUUAAAGGAACUGCUAAAAGACAUGUUUAAAUUCCUGUGUCGCAUGUUUUAACUCUUCAUGUUGUGCAAAUAAUAAUGUGGAACAACAGGAAGUUGAGGAUGAUUCUAGAAGCAGGUUUUCUCUGAGAAAAAGUAAAGUUCAGACCAGAUCCCACUUUUAUCUCUGUAUGUGUUGUAAAAUAAAGAAUGAUCUAGAGUCGGACCAAGGCCUACCUCUUCUGAUUCCUUUAAUUACUGAACUUCACAUCGUUUAUUCAAAAAGUGUGACUGAUUUUAAAUCCUAUGUCCUAACCUGCAGUGGUUUCUCUUUUACAGGGAUUUGUCAAGUGUAUUGUGUGUAUUAACCACUUUAUGUCAAUCAUAAACCAUACUUUUUGGGUGACGAAACUGCAAUGAGAUAGAGAAAGACGCUUGAACAAAAUAUAACUUAAAUGAGACAAAAAUUGGACAAAGUAUCGCUAAAGACAGCAGCUGAAUAUGUUCAGUCUGGUCAUAAUGUAUUUGAACGAUGUUUCUUUUUUUCUUUCCGAACGAACCAGUGAUAGAAAAUCGGUCGAAAAUAAGAAACAAAUACAUGUAAUUACAGACUCCGGUUAUAGCGGUUGUCAUGCCGAUAUCUCUCUGUGUUGUAAACAGUUUAUCUCAGAUCGGAUAACAGUUAAACUGAAGGAUAACCUAAGCAAUUCCUCCCUAUGUGUGGGGAGACGGACGCUGAACGAACGGAGGGCGAUAAAGUCGUUCUUCCUGACCUUGGCGGAAGCAAAAGUGGCAGUUAAAUCCAAGAUGGCGGCCACGGUCGUUCGCAGUCUCGGCUCUAGUUUGAGUAAAAGCUUGCGGGAGGUCCGGGUCCAUCUGUGCCAAACGUCGGCAGGCAGUAGAGGGGCCAGAGACUUUGUGGAGCAUCACUAUGUCCCUCUGAAAAAGUCCAACCCUGACUUUCCAAUCCUUAUCCGAGAAUGUUCUGGAGCACAGGCCCGAUUAUGGGCCAGAUAUGAGUUUGGUAAAGAAUGCAGUGUCUCUGUGGAGAACAUGUCAUCUGACCAGGUGGCUCAAGCUCUGCGCACAUUGGUCCAGUCAGCACCCUGACACGUUGUCAUCCCCCCACCCUCUCCCUCUGCUGGGCGGACCAGUCUAAUUAAACUUCUCUGUUGAAAUGCAAAUAUGUUAAUGUUAAUAAAAAACAAUAUUGUUCAGAA